AUGAGUCAAAGCAGCAAAGCAAAGAAAACCUUCGAUUUGGAGGAAUUGCUAGGUCUUAACGUUCGUUCGGAUCGAAUUGUACUCGGUUCUGUUGAAGAUGAUAAAUCAAGAGAAGUAGAAGAUACCACUUCCUUCAACUGGUCGAAAUUCUCAUUGCACGGAGAGACCGAAACAUCAUUGCUUUCGGAGGAUCAGGUGAAGGCGAUCGAGAAAUUGAGUUCCACUGAAGCGACAACCGAUGCGAAGAGCAUUGUUGUUGCAGUGGAUGCUCUGAUCCUCAUCCUAAAGGGAGAGACAAAUAAGAACACGAUUCGUCAGACCUUGUUGCUUCUUGAAAAGAUCUUCAACUAUGACAACAAGUACAGCGCUAGUAUCCUUUCCGUGUCAAAUCUGUCGGCCCUGUGCACAAUUCUGAACGAGAAAAUGCACGAGCUGGGCAGUAUGCAGACGCCCGUGUCUUCCGUUCCAAGCGACCGAACCGAAUCCACUCGUCGCUUGAUUGUCCUUCUCUCCGGCUUCCUCUGCUCUGUCUCUCUCUCUGAGGAGCCUGUGGAGCCUGUGGAGUCCGCGGAAUCUGCGGAGGCUUCGAAUCCCCAAGCCACGCUGCGGUCGACGUUCCUUUCGUUCGUUCUGUCCUCCUUCUCGGCGGUUUCCCAGAAAUCCAUGGACGAAAUGGACAGUCUGCUUGUGAUUUCCGGCCUCGCCGUAGGCAGUGCGUCGCCCGAACCGAGUGGUCGCGGUGCAGUCGAAUCUGCUGUCGAUGUAAGUCCGGACGAUCGCUUGAAUGGCAGUUUGAGCACUCUGUUCGAUCUCUGUGUCACCAACGCCGUGCAGUUCGUCUACGAGCUGCUGCUGUGCAUCUGGAUGAUCUCCUUCCUGCCCGACACGCUCCCGCUCUUCGGCAAGAAGCAUCUGAACGUGGUGGAGCGUCUCGCGGAGAGUCUGAACACGUACAACAGCGAGAAGAUCAUCCGCGUGAUCGUGAGCAUCGUGCAGAAUCUCAUCAAGCUCCCUGAACUCGUCGAGGAUCUCAUCGCCUGCGGUGCGAUCCGAAAGCUGAACCUGCUCAACCAGCGCAUGUUCAAGGACCACGAUAUCAGCGAGACCUUGAAGGUCGUGCUGGACGUGCUGAACGCGAACUACGACAUGCUGACCUCCUUCGAUCUCUACGUGAAGGAGCUGGAGACCGGGCUUCUGCACGCCGGUCCGCGCCACACCGACGAUUUCUGGAAGGAGAACGUGCGCGCGUUCGAGCUGGAGGACUUCAAACUGAUCAAAAAGCUGAUUGAGUGUCUGGGGAGCAAGGACGUGGACACGGUGUGCAUCGCCUGUCACGAUCUGAGCGCCUUCGCGUGCUAUUAUCCCAAUGGACGAAAGAUCGUCGCGCAGUUCCAUGGGAAGGAGAAGGUGAUGGCGCUUCUGGCGAGCGAGAACAGCAAGAUAAUGGAGGCCUCGCUGUCGGCCUGCUCGCGCCUGAUGAUUAACAAGUGGGAGGAUCUGGAGAAGAGUGGAGCCAGGUAG